AUGGCGACGCGCAAGCGGAAUGAAUGGCUCGAUGCCGCAGAGAGCGACGAUGAUGAAAGAGGCUACGACUCAGAAGAAGAGAGCAGGGCGCGCAUGCUCCCGUCUGCCAAGCGACAAAAGCGCGAUCAUGACUCUGAAGACGAAGAAGACGCAGAAGACCAGGAGGAAGACGUUGAUCAAGACGACAAGGAAGACGACGAAGACGACGAAGACGACGAAGACGCGACCGACGACAUACCCAAAACUGCUGAACUCGCACACCUCGAAAAACUCGCCGCCGGCCUCCCCUCAAAUCUCAAGCUCCAGACCACAAAACUCGGUAAACCAGUAGCACCCAAGAAAGACAAGUCCGGCGUCAUAUACCUCUCGCGCGUCCCGCCAUUCAUGAAACCCACCGUCCUCCGCUCCCUCCUCACACCGUACGGCGCCGUCGGCAAAAUCUUCCUCACACCUGAGCCCGCAGCGUCACGGACACAACGUCUGCGCGGCGGCGGCACGCGGCGCAAACUAUUCCUCGACGGCUGGGUCGAGUUCCUGCACAAGCGCGACGCGAAAUUCGUUGCGGACAAUCUUAAUGCACAAACAAUGGGCGGUAAGAAGCGCGGCAGGUGGCACGAUGAGGUCUGGAAUAUCAAGUACUUGAGCGGCAUCAAGUGGAACCAUCUCGUGGAGACAAUUCAAAAUGAGAACGCGGAGCGUGCGGCGCGCAUGCGCGUGGAGAUUUCGAGAGGGAAGUCGGAGAAUAAGGCAUUCCUGGAGAAUCUGGAGAUGGGCAAGAUGAUCCAGGGGAUUGAGGCGAAGAAGAAGGAGAAGGAGGAUAGAGGGGAUGAUGGGGAGGGGAUGAAGGCGGCUGAGCAGGUCGUGGAGAAGAAGGUCAAGAAGCCGAGGAGAGAGUUUGUGCAGCAUGGUGUUACGUCCAAGGGCGCAAAGAAACCUGAGCCUGGGCAGGAUGUGAAUAGGGUGUUGAGUAGUAUGAUGUGAGAGGCGUGAGGCGAGAUUUGAUACCAGAGAUACCAAAGUUCAAUUCAAGUUCCGUAUUGCAUA